AUGGAGAAUAUUGCCGAUGUCGUAUGGACUGGGCCCUGGUGGAAGAAUAGGGGUAUCAGGAAACUCAAUAUUUGUAUUGCUCUUGUCCUCCUCACCAGUGCUAUCAAUGGCUACGAUAGCUCUGUUCUCAAUGGCAUCCAGAUCAUGCCCGAAUGGGACCGCGACUUCCACAAGCCCUCGGAGGAAACCAGAGGCAUGAUGGUCGCUGCUCAGACCUUUGGAGCUCUCAUCGGCUUGCCGUUUGCCCCGUGGCUCAGUGAUGGUCUUGGACGACGACGGACACUUUGCCUAGGAUCUGCUAUUAUGUGUGGAGGUGUCAUCCUACAAGCACUAGCUUCCGGUACAGUGCACUUUGUCGCUUCGCGUAUGCUCGUCGGUGUUGGUCUGUGUCUAGCGACCAAUUCUGCACCUCUUUUGGUGACAGAGCUCGCGUAUCCGACCCAGCGUGCCCCGAUCACCGCCAUGUACAACAGUAGCUGGUAUAUCGGCUCGAUCAUCUCAGCCUGGGUGACUUAUGCGACCCUCAAGACACUCACUGGUUCCACGUGGGCAUGGAGAAUCCCGUCUAUUCUCCAAGCUGCUCCGUCUUUCCUCCAGGCAAUCCUCAUCUGGUUUAUCCCGGAGUCUCCUCGCUGGCUCGUCGCCAAAGGUCGCGAUGGAGAGGCUAUUGCCAUCUUGGCGAAAUAUCAUGCCAACAACCGCGAACGUGAUCCCCUCGUCUACUUUACCUAUGGUCAGAUCCGUGAAGCUCUCAGCAUCGAACGCGACGUCUCCAAGUCGAGCUCCUACCUCCAGCUAUUCAAAACGCCUGGUAAUCGUCGUCGCAUGCGCAUCGUCCUUGCUAUCGGCUUUUUCUCCCAAUGGUCCGGCAACGGUCUCGUCAGCUACUAUAUCAAGGACGUAUUCAAAGGCGUAGGCGUGGAAGAUCCAGGGACCGUUAGCUUGAUCAAUGGCGCCCUUCAGAUCUGGAACUUCUUCGUCGCCAUUACCGCCGCUCUUCUCGUCGAUAAGAUUGGACGUCGUCCGCUGUUCUUGACCUCAAAUGCGGGCAUGUUGGUAACAUUCGGAAUGUGGACCCUUGCCGCCGCUCUCUUCCAGACACGCGGCAAUCGUGAUGCUGCCAACGCGGUGAUUGCCAUGAUUCCCCUAUUCUAUUUGACGUACAGUAUCGCGUAUACUCCCAUGUUGGUCGCCUACACCGUCGAGAUUCUGCCGUUUGGCAUUCGAGCUCGAGGCUUUGCUCUUAUGAAUUUUACUAUCUGUAUCGGUAUCACAACCAACCAGUAUGUCAACCCAACCGCCCUGAAGCGGCUCGGAUGGAAAUAUUACCUCGUUUAUUGCGCGUUUCUUGCCUUUGAGUUGGCAUACAUCUUCCUCUUCCUCGUCGAGACCAAGGGCAAGACUCUGGAGGAGACUGCCGCCAUCUUCGAUGGCCAGCAACAGAUUGACAAUAUUGCCAACGUUGGCCACGACGCCGUCACCCAGUCUCGUCAUCACUAUGGCGGAUACCAGCCCAAGUCGGAAGACGUCGAGCUCUCACUCUCUCGCCACAACUCGAUGGUCCCAACCAUUGUCACAGAGCGAGACGACUCUGACUGGCGGCCCAUGUCGGCGGAUACAAACUAUUCAAUACAGCAAAAGGAGGUCCUUAAGUAUCGCAGAAACGACUCACCCGAUCGUCCUUGGUGA